CGCUUCGCGCUAGUUUUUCAUGUGCGAAAGGUGGUGAAGUACUUAAAUACACUCUAUAUAAACACAAGUGGGGGUAACAGAAUUGACGGUCGACGCUGCAAUUUUUUUUUUUUAUGAUGGUUAACCCAAUCAAAUUUUUUGCUCAAAACCAGUUUAAAGAACCAAAAAAUGAAAGAUUAAAUAUAAAUUUAUUGGUUCCGGCACACUCCCAACAUUUGACCUUUGAUAUAAUAUUGUCUUCAGAAAAUUGUGAUAAGGAAAACAAAUUAAACGCAGUCUUACCAUCAUGAAUUGAAGUCCUUGCCGUCUAAUAUCUUCUGGGAGCUCUCAUAGUACAACACGCGUUCGCACAUUAUUUGGUACACUGAACAAAUAAUAUCAAAGAUGAUUUGAUGUACAACUUCAGCAGGUCAGGUCGUAUUCAGAGCUGCUGCAGUGUACAACGCAGAACCUAAAAAUGCCAUAAAGUGUUGCCCCAAGCUUGCUAAAACUGGGUGUCCAAAGUUAUCACCAUCUGGGUAGUUGACAUUAGUAUUGGACUUGGGCAGAAGGGGAAUGCUUUAAUAUUCGUUUCCUUCUUGGAAGCGUCCUGUAAUUCAGCAUUUUAAGGUUAUCAUCUGGGUAGUUGGCAUUAGCAUUGGACUUGGGCACAAGGGGAAUGCUUUAGUAUUAACUGCCCUCUUGGAAGUGCCCUGUAGUUCAGUAAUUCAGUGGUUGAAACAGCUUAAGCUAAUUGUUUUCUUGAUGGAGUUCUAUGGGGAGAUGCCAUCCAAGGAACACAGCAUUCAUGCUUUCAUGGAGUUACUGGUGGAGCCUAUCCUCGAGAAAUAUGGCCGUAUUGAAGAUCCAUCUCCUGUUGCCCAACAAGAGGUUGCCGAGCAGAUGCAGGCAAUUGUAUUGCUGUACAAUUAUUACCAUCGAAAACAAUUUCCAGAACUUGAAUUUCUUGAUGCUUUCACUUUCUGCAAGAUGGCUGUAAUCAGGUGUCAAAAACUUUUAUCAUACAUGGGAAUCUUGAGGGGCACUAAUUUUUCGGUAUCAGAAAUUGUUCCGCAAGCUACAAUAACUGAGAAAAUGGUUAAGGAAGCCUGUGAAAUUUGCGAAGCAUUGAAUUCUCCAAGAACUAUGUCGAAUGCAAAGACUUUUCCAGUAUCAAAAGUUGCCGUAUUUGUAGCUGAUGCUACAUAUGAGAGGUGCAUCCUUACUUUUGGUUCGAUAACAAAAGGUGUUUGGUCUAUUCUUGAAAAAGAUGUCAUUGGAUUUGACAACUUCCUGGAAGGACCCCAAGAGUAUGCCAGGCAAAAUAAAAUAACAGGCUCAAGUAAGAGGCCAGUUGGAUUUAUUGUAGAUGCUGGGGAUACUUCAAAUAGAACAGCAAUCAAUGAACAAAAUAAACUUAAGAAGCUGGCAUUUUCAGUCGUCAAGGAACAAGCAGGUUCCUAUUUCUAUCUAUUCUUUCUCUAUGUUUCUGAUAAGUACUUUUGACGUAGAAAACUGAUG